AUGAGUACUGGUGAUUUUUUAAGCAAAGGCAUUGAUCUGAUCCAGAAGGCAGUAGAUUUCGACACUGCCACGCAAUACUCCGAAGCGUAUACUGCUUAUUAUAAUGGGCUAGAUUAUUUAAUGUUAGCAUUGAAAUAUGAGAAAAAUCCAAAGUCAAAGGAUCUUAUCAGGGCAAAGUUCACCGAGUAUUUGAAUAGAGCAGAACAAUUAAAAGAGCAUUUGGAGAAAGAAGAUGAAGCUAAAAGAAAUGCUCAUAAUAAUACGAAUUCUGGAGCACAAAAGGUUUCGAAAAAUAAUAAUGAAGAUGAUUCUGAAGAUAAGAAAUUGAAAGGUGCCUUAUCAGGAGCGAUAUUGACAGAAAAGCCAAAUGUCAAGUGGGAAGACAUUGCAGGGUUAGAAGGUGCUAAAGCUGCUUUGAAAGAAGCGGUAAUUUUACCUGUAAAAUUUCCUCACCUAUUUACUGGUAAUAGAAAACCAACAUCUGGUAUUCUGCUUUAUGGACCUCCAGGUACUGGUAAAUCUUAUCUGGCUAAAGCAGUAGCUACUGAAGCGAACUCUACUUUCUUUAGUAUUAGUUCUAGUGAUUUGGUUUCAAAAUGGAUGGGUGAAUCUGAAAGAUUGGUAAAGCAACUGUUUAACAUGGCUCGUGAAAAUAAACCUUCAAUCAUAUUUAUAGAUGAAGUAGAUGCAUUGACAGGGCAAAGAGGUGAAGGUGAAAGUGAAGCUAGUAGAAGAAUUAAAACAGAGUUAUUAGUCCAAAUGAAUGGUGUGGGCAAUGAUUCUCAAGGUGUGUUGGUUCUCGGUGCAACAAAUAUCCCAUGGCAAUUGGAUAGUGCAAUAAGAAGAAGAUUUGAAAGGAGGAUUUAUAUCCCAUUGCCUGAUUUAGCGGCCAGAACUAAAAUGUUUGAAAUAAACGUUGCAGAUACACCUUGUACUCUAACAAAAGAGGAUUAUAGAACAUUAGGUCAAAUGACAGAUGGUUAUUCUGGUAGUGAUAUCGCAGUUGCUGUCAAAGAUGCUUUAAUGCAGCCGAUAAGGAAGAUACAAAAUAGCACUCAUUUUAAAGAUAUUUCAGAAGAUGAAACAAAAAGAAGGUUGACACCUUGUUCUCCUGGCGAUAAAGGUGCUGUUGAAAUGAGUUGGACUGAUAUAGAGGCAGAUGAACUUCAAGAGCCAGAUUUGACGAUUAAAGAUUUUUUGAAGGCUAUUAAAUCCACAAGGCCAACAGUUAACGAAGAAGACUUACAAAAGCAAGAAGAUUUUACAAAUGACUUCGGACAGGAAGGUAAUUAA